AUGCCUGUGCCAUGGUCCACGCAGCGCCGCCGGAGCUUUAUCCGCAAUGUGGCGGAUCGGGGCUUGCGGGUGAGGCAGCUCUGGGAUUUGACGAUCUUCCUGAAACGGCUUUGCAAGACCAGGUCCUUGCUGAACAGCAAACAUGCAGAGGAGUGUGGGCCAAUCAAAUGGCUGGAUUGGCAGGCAUUGAACCUCUACAAUAUCACAGAUGAGGUCAUUAAGAAGUACAUACCAUACCACGACCGCCAGUGGGAGGUGAACGAGGAAGAUCCUGAGGUGGCCAGACGUUACUCUUGGGCAGAGCUGGUCUCCGCUGAAGCACAACCCCCGCAGCUGAUGGUGAGUCACUGGUGGGGUGGGCGCUUCAGUGACUUCAUGCUUGUCGUGGACCGAGUGGUCGAAGAUAGGGCUUUGAGCAUUUGCACCAGCCUUUGGGUUUGCACCUUCGCGAACAACCAGUUCGGGGAGUCCUUUGGUUCUCAGAUCCUCGAGACGCCCUUCGUCCGGGCCAUCGAAUACGCGGAGGCCACGAUCCUCAUCGUGGACCGUGACGCUGGAUCGCUCACGCGCAGUUGGUGCUGUUUGGAGUUGCAUUGCACUAUUCUUAAGGAAAAGGAGUUGCAGCUCUACACCUCCAACGGCCAGGUGGGCUCUUCGGCUGUCUCCUCCGGCCCCCUGGUGGACGCCAUCAGUCGCUGGGACGUGCGCAAGAGCGAGGCCGCCGAGCAGGCCUACAAGCGACAGAUCCUCAACUUCAUUGCUGAUGUGCCCGAAACUCAUGGUUUGCGAACAGACUGUUCGGGCAACUUGUGCUGCAUCGAUGGCCGACCUCAACUUGAAGUGGAAGAUGACGACCACCGGCCCUUGCUGCACAGCCAUGGGGAAGCCUUUGAAACUCUGAAUAUGGAUAUCCGUGUCUCAGUGCUUGGCCGCAUUGGCCAAAAGAGAAAGGCCACUGGCUGCAAGAUCCCCUGGGUGGGGCACCGCGGCAUCACCUUGGGGCAGCUGCGCACCUUCGCGCGGAAAGCUCAGCGGAAGCUGGCGAAGGAACAGCCGGAGGCGUGCUUUCAAGAGGUCACUGUGGAACAGAUUUGCCGGUGGAUUGUCCAACCGGAGACAAGCCAGCGGAAGUGCUCUUAUGCUGAGCUGGUCGCCGAUGCCCCGCAAAUCCCGGACUAUUGCAUUAACUACCAAUUUGGCAUGGCUUGGUGCGAUGUCAUGUCUUCCAUCGAGUGGUUUGCCGAAGCGCUCUCCCUCAAAGACACGGCGGUCUUGUGGUUUUCCUUAAUGAGCUACAACCAGCAGCAGCCGUGUGAGGACAUACAGGCCAACUGUUACGAGAACGGACGUUUGACCGUGGACAAGGGCCAAUCUGAAUGUCAUAGCUUCCUGAUUGCUGCUGGGCCCGACUGUUGGCACAAUAUAUGGCGGUUGUACAGCCUGGAGUGUGCAACACGCUUGGGUCAGGAUGUCUAUAUGGCCUGCAGUUCAGGAGUUAUGGCCUGCACCAAGCUCUUUCCCGAUGGCCACUCGAAGUUUGGAGUCAUGGAUCGGCAAGUCACUGAAGCCAUCUACCAUGUGGAUGUCAAGCAAGCUGCAGCUCGAGCAUCUGAAAAAAUUGCGAAGGACGUCUCAGCUUUAUCAACAAUGAAUCGGGCUCCUGCGGGGAAGGAAAGCUGA